AUGGCUACAUCGGCUACGUCUGUGUUGACUGCGAAAGCAGAAGACUGGUCGGAGUGCUCUUCACGUUUGCUAAUUGAUACCCCAGACUUUCUUCGGAGUGACUCUGAUUGGACCACUAGUCCAGCAAAGCUUUCAUCCAAGCAGACCAAGAGCGAGCUAUUGUCCUUGUGCGAGCAACGCGGUGUGGAUUGUUCUGGCAAGAAGAGUGAGGUGAUCAAAGCUUUGGUUUCAAGCUUUCUGGGACCUGAUGUACCAUCAGAUGGUGUUCGCAUGUGCCACCCUGGAAUUGCAAUGGGUUAUGACACAGAGUUGAAGAAUCCAGCGUGGUGUGCCUAUCGCUUGAAUCCUCAAGAGCAGCGGCAAACGGACAACGCUCGCAAGGGCUUUGAACUCGAUCCUGCACUGAAAGCAGCUGGCAUUCAGCAGACGCCUCCGGCGAGUUACAGGAAUACAGGCUUUGAUAAAGGGCACUUGGCACCGUCACUCGCAAUGAGUUUCCAGAAGGAUAAGCUGAAGAGGAUGGAUAGAAGCCCUUGGAUCGCCAGCUACUUUGCCAGCAACAUUGCCCCGCAGUAUGAUGAGAUGAACCAAAGAUGUUGGCAGGAACUGGAAGAAGCUUUGCACAAGUAUGCGGAAAACCUGCCAGAGUCGGAUCCCGGCGUCUUUGUGGUCUCCGGCGUCAGCUAUUGGAACCGCGAGAAGCCAAGGAGGUGGGACGGUGAUGGCGAAUGCUUCUUGGAAUGCCCUUGUGGGGAUGAUUGCGGCUGUCGCGUGUGUGGCAAGACUUUCGUGACAGUGCCUACCUUUUACUGGAAGGCCGCCUGUGAUCCAACGCGAGGAAAUUCCUUUGCAGUUGUUGCAGAGAAUGAUCCGACCUCCAGCACUUUGGCUGGUGGCCGAGCUGGAUGGCCUCCCUCCGCCUUCAAAACGUACUCGGUGGACGAUCUUCAAGGUUUCUUUGGAUUCAAGCUGAAUUUCCCCACGGAAUGUCACACUGACACAGCCAACACUCUGGUUCCCGACUGGAAUCAGGCAAACAAACGCGUCAUGUACAAAGAAAAGGUGUGGUUGAGAUUCGAGACAGCCUUUGGCCCCUCAGCGGAUUUUCAUGAUGCCUUCACACUGGAACCGCCGCCACCCAAGUCUUCCGAGACGCCUGGAUGGAAGGCAGACUGCGACUCCCUGAUUGCACAGCAGCUUCCAAAGUUGAAGGAGUGUAGUCAGUCGAGGGCUGGGAUCCAAUUCCAAUUCUCUGGUCCAAACAAAGGUGGCACGUUUCUCUUCAAGCUCUCCUUGACUGCCCCUGGUGGGGAGCUAAGCCACAACCAAUGGGCCGCACGAGUCACGGGAGGAGCAAACACUCCGGAGAUGGUGGCAAUGGGAGAAGGAUUUCAACUCCUUCCAUCCGUUGCACCCGAUUCACCCGAUGGCCCUGAUGGCCCACCUUCUUUGCCCAACGCACGUGGUCAUUUCUAUCAAUAUUGGCCAUUCUAUGCGACUGCGUUUCUGCUGGUCUUUCUUUGCCUCGCAGCUUUCCUACGUCGUGGAUGUUCUCGCCACACAGUGCGUGAGCGUGAACUUGAGGCGGCACUUGAACGGGAGAGGGCCACAGUUCGGGAAGUCAAUGCAGAGUUACAGCGACGAAGCAUGUAUCCUCAGCAGCAACCCACCAGAGGCAUCGAGAUGUGGGACCUGCGACAAGCGCGGCGCUGA